ACAGAGACUUGAGCUUGAGAGAGAGUGUUGUCGAAGUGGUGGUGUUGAUUGAUUUGUGACAAUAUCUUUUCUUAGGAGUUGGCUUCACAAAAUAUAGAAAUAUGCAGAUCUUUGUCAAGACACUGACCGGCAAGACCAUCACGCUGGAAGUGGAGCCUUCCGACACUAUUGAGAACGUCAAGGCCAAGAUCCAGGAUAAGGAGGGUAUUCCCCCUGAUCAACAGAGACUGAUCUUCGCAGGCAAGCAGCUUGAGGAUGGACGCACUCUAUCCGACUACAACAUCCAAAAAGAAUCAACACUCCAUCUUGUGCUCCGUCUUAGAGGAGGAAUGCAGAUCUUUGUCAAGACACUGACCGGCAAAACCAUCACGCUCGAAGUGGAGCCUUCCGACACUAUUGAGAACGUCAAGGCCAAGAUCCAGGAUAAGGAGGGCAUUCCCCCUGAUCAACAGAGAUUGAUCUUUGCAGGCAAGCAGCUUGAGGAUGGACGCACUCUAUCCGACUACAACAUCCAAAAAGAAUCAACACUCCAUCUUGUGCUCCGUCUAAGAGGAGGAAUGCAGAUCUUUGUCAAGACACUGACCGGCAAGACCAUCACACUGGAAGUGGAGCCUUCCGACACUAUUGAGAACGUCAAGGCCAAGAUCCAGGAUAAGGAGGGCAUUCCUCCCGAUCAGCAAAGACUCAUCUUUGCAGGCAAGCAGCUUGAGGAUGGACGCACUCUAUCCGACUACAACAUCCAAAAAGAAUCAACACUCCAUCUUGUGCUUCGUCUUAGAGGAGGAAUGCAGAUCUUUGUCAAGACACUGACCGGCAAGACCAUCACGCUGGAAGUGGAGCCUUCCGACACUAUUGAGAACGUCAAGGCCAAGAUCCAGGAUAAGGAGGGCAUUCCCCCUGAUCAACAGAGACUGAUUUUCGCAGGCAAGCAGCUUGAGGAUGGACGCACUCUAUCCGACUACAACAUUCAAAAAGAAUCAACACUUCACUUGGUCCUCAGACUGCGAGGAGGGAUGCAGAUUUUUGUUAAGACCUUGACUGGGAAAACCAUCACACUCGAAGUUGAGCCUUCAGAUACCAUCGAGAACGUCAAGGCCAAGAUCCAAGACAAAGAGGGUAUCCCCCCAGAUCAGCAGCGACUCAUUUUUGCUGGAAAACAGUUGGAAGACGGACGAACCCUUUCCGACUACAAUAUUCAGAAGGAAUCCACACUCCACCUUGUGCUUCGUCUUAGAGGAGGAAUGCAGAUCUUUGUCAAGACACUGACCGGCAAGACCAUCACGCUGGAAGUGGAGCCUUCCGACACUAUUGAGAACGUCAAGGCCAAGAUCCAGGAUAAGGAGGGUAUUCCCCCUGAUCAACAGAGAUUGAUCUUUGCAGGCAAGCAGCUUGAGGAUGGACGCACUCUAUCCGACUACAACAUCCAAAAAGAAUCAACACUCCAUCUUGUGCUCCGUCUAAGAGGAGGAAUGCAGAUCUUUGUCAAGACACUGACCGGCAAGACCAUCACGCUGGAAGUGGAGCCUUCCGACACUAUUGAGAACGUCAAGGCCAAGAUCCAGGAUAAGGAGGGUAUUCCCCCUGAUCAACAGAGACUGAUCUUCGCAGGCAAGCAGCUUGAGGAUGGACGCACUCUAUCCGACUACAACAUCCAAAAAGAAUCAACACUCCAUCUUGUGCUCCGUCUAAGAGGAGGAAUGCAGAUCUUUGUCAAGACACUGACCGGCAAAACCAUCACGCUGGAGGUGGAGCCUUCCGACACUAUUGAGAACGUCAAGGCCAAGAUCCAGGAUAAGGAGGGUAUUCCCCCUGAUCAACAGAGACUGAUCUUCGCAGGCAAGCAGCUUGAGGAUGGGCGCACUCUAUCCGACUACAACAUCCAAAAAGAAUCAACACUCCAUCUUGUGCUUCGUCUUAGAGGAGGAAUGCAGAUCUUUGUCAAGACACUGACCGGCAAGACCAUCACGCUGGAAGUGGAGCCUUCCGACACUAUUGAGAACGUCAAGGCCAAGAUCCAGGAUAAGGAGGGCAUUCCUCCCGAUCAGCAAAGACUGAUCUUUGCAGGCAAGCAGCUUGAGGAUGGACGCACUCUAUCCGACUACAACAUCCAAAAAGAAUCAACACUCCAUCUUGUGCUCCGUCUAAGAGGAGGAAUGCAGAUCUUUGUCAAGACACUGACCGGCAAAACCAUCACGCUGGAAGUGGAGCCUUCCGACACUAUUGAGAACGUCAAGGCCAAGAUCCAGGAUAAGGAGGGUAUUCCCCCUGAUCAACAGAGACUGAUCUUCGCAGGCAAGCAGCUUGAGGAUGGACGCACUCUAUCCGACUACAACAUCCAAAAAGAAUCAACACUCCAUCUUGUGCUCCGUCUAAGAGGAGGAAUGCAGAUCUUUGUGAAGACACUGACCGGCAAGACCAUCACGCUGGAAGUGGAGCCUUCCGACACUAUUGAGAACGUCAAGGCCAAGAUCCAGGAUAAGGAGGGCAUUCCUCCCGAUCAGCAAAGACUGAUCUUUGCAGGCAAGCAGCUUGAGGAUGGACGCACUCUAUCGGACUACAACAUCCAAAAAGAGUCAACACUCCAUUUAGUAUUGCGCCUCCGUGGUGGUAACUAAGAAUUUUAUGAUUCCAUGAUUCCUACUCAUAAUUCCUGUAUGUUUUUUGUGAUUUGGUGUUAAAUGUUAGUUUCUUUGAAAUUUGUUAAUUUUACAUACAUGUACCGGUAUUGUAGUAUGCUGAUUAAAGUUUUUGCAAUUGUA